CUUCAUUAGCACCAAAUAUGCAAUAUGCAUAACAGUUCUAAACGUAAACAGAAACUAAAUAUACUACACAUACGACUCAAACAUUUACAUUCAUAAACAAAUGAGCAUAAAAUGCAGACAGCAAUUAGAGGCAGACAACAAAAGCAAUAACCAAGUGCCUGAACCAAAAUAAAUACAUAUAUUUCAAUAUGUAUUAACUGGACUCACUGGAAUACUUACAAACAAAGCUGAUAAUAGCUUCUAAGCUAACAGAUUUGUGCAUAAUUUUAUCUCAACCAAGGUCUCGAAUAUGUCCGACGGCGUUAGUGUGCUGCACAUUAAGCAGGAGGUGGAUACAUCCUCAGCUGGCGGCGCUAGCAACUCCUGUUGCAGCCCCAGCUCCAAGGCCACAACCACAACUCACAAUACUUCCAGCAAUAGCAAUAGCGGCUUGAAAUCAUCCCCAUCUGUAUCACCAGAACGUCAACUAUGCAGCUCUACCACAUCGCUGUCCUGCGAUCUGCACAAUGUGUCGCUUAGCAACGAUGGCGAUAGCAAUAAGGGUAGUGGUGCGCCCAACUCCAGCAGUGCCACCGCUAGCGCAAGCAGCGGGUCAGCACGCGAUGAGCUGCGACGUCUCUGUUUAGUUUGUGGCGAUGUGGCAUCGGGUUUUCAUUAUGGCGUGGCCAGCUGUGAGGCCUGCAAGGCUUUCUUUAAACGCACCAUUCAGGGCAACAUAGAGUACACCUGUCCUGCCAGCAAUGAGUGCGAAAUCAACAAAAGACGCCGCAAGGCUUGCCAGGCAUGUCGCUUUCAGAAAUGCCUGCUCAUGGGCAUGCUUAAGGAGGGUGUGCGUCUGGAUCGCGUACGUGGUGGCAGGCAAAAGUAUAGACGCAAUCCCGUGUCCAACUCUUAUCAGACAAUGCAGCUGCUUUAUCAAUCGAGCACCACAUCGCUGUGCGAUGUUAAGAUUCUUGAUGUGCUCAACUCUUAUGAGCCGGAUGCGCUUAGCGUUCAUUCACAGUCGCAGCAGCAGCAGCAACCACAUACAACAACUUGCACUGACGAAGCCUCCAGCUCUUCAGGCAGCGUCAAGCUGGAAAGCAGCAUAGCCAAUGGCACUUGCAUUUUUCAAAAUAACAACAACAAUGACCCACAGGAAAUACUCAGUGUGCUGAGCGAGCUCUACGACAAGGAGCUGGUCAGCGUUAUUGGCUGGGCCAAGCAGAUACCUGGCUUUAUAGAUCUGCCGUUAAAUGAUCAAAUGAAGCUGCUGCAAGUGUCCUGGGCGGAAAUCCUAACGCUACAGCUGACAUUUCGCUCGUUGCCUUUCAAUGGCAAACUCUGCUUUGCCACAGAUGUUUGGAUGGAUGAGCUAUUGGCCAAGGAGUGUGGCUAUACGGAGUUUUACUAUCAUUGUGUGCAGAUAGCGCAGCGCAUGGAACGCAUCUCACCCAGGCGCGAGGAGUACUACUUGCUAAAGGCUUUGCUGCUGUCCAACUGUGACAUACUGCUGGACGAUCAAAGCUCACUGCGCGCCUUUCGCGACACCAUACUUAACUCGCUCAACGAUGUGGUCUAUCUACUGCGUCACUCCUCGGCGGUGUCACAUCAGCAACAGCUGCUGCUGCUACUGCCCUCACUGCGGCAAGCAGAUGACAUACUGCGACGCUUCUGGCGCGGCGUGGCACGCGAUGAACUCAUCAAUAUGAAGAAAUUGUUUCUCGAGAUGCUAGAGCCGCUGACUAGGUGAAAGUUGUGCCAUCGCAGUCGUCUUAGUUAAUAGGUCAAGGUGCAAAUAUUGUUUUAAGUUAAAAAUUAUGCUAAAACUUAGUAAGUUAGUUGUAUUAGGUUAAGCAUCCAUUGUAGCUAUGUAAUUUGUAUAUACGACGAGUAUACGUAGCCUGUAUAUGUAUGUGUGUAGUAAGUGAGUGUAAAGUAAAAACGUAUUUGAAAUAGAAACUUAAAGCCAUUUUAAUAAUGCACAUUUAAAAACUACUACAUACUACGUGACAAUAUACAAAUAAUCAAGUGUACCCUAUGCCUA